AUGUCGGUGACAAACAAGUAUACGGCCCACCCGAUGGCACGAGCGGAUGUUCGCUCAGUAUUCAGCGAGCUGCGUUCGGAGAAAGACUUGAACUCACUACACCUUAACCACUUAAGGUUGAGGAUUUUAUCAAAACAAUACUGCUCUCAAGAGCGGGCCCGGCUUCAGGAGACGGUUGACAGGUUCACUGAGUGUAGUGCUGCGUAUGAGCAGGCCCUGAAGGACAUCAACUCAUUGGAGAGAGCACUGCACGACGCCCACGAACAAAUCUAUGAGCUACAGGAGGCCCAACACAAUGCAGCAGCGGCACACUCUCAGAGCUUGUUCCAAGAACUGGUCCGGCCCGACUCUCAGUUGGUUACCGCACCAAUUGAAAACCUUGUGGCCACUACAGAUUUAGCCUAUGAUACUACCACACCAAGUUAUUUAGUUCUGUUUAACUUGGACAGAGGAUUUUCGAAAGUAAACAACAGACAAAAGAGAUAUUUGCUGUUUACCUCGUCGACACAAUAUGGAAUAUUCGCGACGGUGUCCGUCCCGCUGCAUCCAGAUACGACGACGAGCGUGGCGUGGUUCUACGAAGCGAAUUAUUAUAACGUUGCCAACGCCACAUACUUUGAACCACUGCUUGGUGAUGUUGCGUGGGGCAGAAGUGAAGAUAAACGCAGUGCCGAUGGCUCGAAUGAGUUGUUGACUAGAAGAUUACUGUACACUUCCAUCGAAGCAAUGUUGGAAAAGAACAGGUUUCCAGGUCGUGCAUGCCUGUUAAGGGCUAUCUGCGAGGCGGCCACUUCUCAGUUGACGCAUAAUGGCGUUUUAGGAGACCUCCUGCAUCUUGCACUCACUUUCCUCAACAUAUUUAAAAUUAAAUUAAAUACAUACGACUAUUUGGCCGUUUUAAACAUUAAUAUAGCACUAAAUAUUUAUCACAGUUUUACAACUUUCAGGCCUUCAACGUCUUUGGAAGAGACAGAUGUAGAGGACUGUUUUUACGAGGCGGAGUACCGCGGGAUCCUGCAUGACUGCGCCAAGUAUCUACGUUACUGCCCGAUCAGCCCACUUGACUACAUAUCAGUCAAAACAGAACAACUCUUCAAUUAAUAUCAACUUGCAGUCUUAUUAAA